AUGGCGACUCCACCGGUGGUCAGAUUUCCGAUCUUCGCAACGGUUAGAGCGAUUGGAGUUCUCAUCAUUCUGUUACUCUUAACGUGGGUUCUUCAUUUCCGAGGAGGUCUCGCUCUCUUUUCCGAUAACAAAGAUCUCAUCUUCAAUGUUCAUCCGGUUUUGAUGGUGAUUGGGCUUGUUCUAAUCAAUGGUGAAGGGAUGCUUGCAUACAAGACGAUAUCUGGAACUAAAAACUUCAAAAAAUCAGUUCAUCUGGCAUUACAGCUUAUCGCUCUCAUUUUGAGCAUAAUCGGUCUCUGGGCUGCUUGGAAGUUUCACAAUGACAAGGGCAUUGACAAUUUCUACAGCCUGCAUUCAUGGUUAGGCCUUGCAUGCCUUCUCCUCUUCUUCAUCCAGUUGGCUGCUGGAUUUGCAACAUUUUGGUAUCCAGGAGGGUCAAGAAACAGUAGAGUUGCACUAAUGCCAUGGCAUGUAUUCUUUGGUACCUAUAUCUAUGCUUUGGCUAUAGCUACAACAACUACUGGUCUUUUAGAAAAAGCUACAUUCCUUCAAACCAACAAUGUCAUUUCGCGAUAUUCCAAUGAAGCAAUUCUGGUGAACUUCUUAGGCAUUUUGGUUGUUGCUUUAGGUGGCUUUGUUAUUCUUGGUCUCGUUACGCCGACUUUUAAUAAAGCUGAUGUUUUAAGAGGAAAUGAAUGA